AUGACAGAGAAGGAAGUGCCAGAGCCGCCAGCUUCGCCUGCUUCAGGUGGGAAACCCAAGAGCCGGCUACAGAAGCUGAAGCAACUUUUCCAGCGAAAGCCCAAGGAGGAAACGGUGCCGGAGCUGCAGCCCAAUGGGGAGCUGGUCAGCCCCUCAGGGGGACCCAUCUACUACAUCUAUGAGGAGGAGGAAGAGGAGGAAGAGGAGGAGGAGCCUGAGCCCCCUCCUGAGCCCCAGAAACUUAUCAAUGACAAACCCCACAAGUUCAAAGAUCAUUACUUCAAAAAGCCCAAGUUCUGUGAUGUUUGUGCCCGCAUGAUUGUCCUCAACAACAAAUUUGGCCUGAGGUGCAAGAACUGCAAAACACACAUCCACCACCACUGCCAGUCCUACGUGGAGAUGCAGCGCUGCUUCGGCAAAAUUCCCCCAGGGUUUCGCCGGGCGUACAGCUCGCCCCUCUACAGUGACCAGCAAUACGCCUGUGUCAAGGAGCUGCUCUCAGCCAACAGGAGUGACCCCGUGUUUGAGACUCUGCGGACAGGUGUCAUUAUGGCCAAUAAGGAGCGCAAGAAAGGGCAAGAUGACAAGAAAAACCCUUUAGCUGCUAUGAUGGACGAGGAGCCAGAGGCCACGAAGCCAGAAGGGGGCAAAACCGAUGGCGGCACCUCUGAAGGGGACAAGAAGACUGAGAAGAGCCCAACAGAUGACAAGAACAAGAAGCCGCAGCCAGGGAUUCGUGGUGGCUAUCUGCAGUCUCACUAUUUCGUGGCACUUUACCGCUUCAAAGCCCUGGAGAAAGAUGACCUGGAUUUCCCGCCAGGGGAGAAGAUCACGGUGGUCGAUGACUCCAAUGAGGAGUGGUGGCGGGGGAAGAUCGGUGAAAAAAUUGGCUACUUCCCUCCAAACUUCAUCAUCCGCGUACGGGCAGGCGAGCGGGUGCACAAGGUGACACGCUCCUUUGUGGGCAACCGGGAGAUCGGGCAGAUCACACUCAAGAAGGAUCAGAUCGUCGUGCAGAAGGGCGAGGAGGUGAAUGGUUAUGUGAAAGUCUACACCGGCCGCAAAGUGGGUCUCUUCCCCGUGGACUUCCUGCAGGAGAUCUGA